UGCGGAAGCUUCGAUCUUCCAUGACUGAAGGAAGAAGCAAAUGAAGGGCGUCAAAGAUAUUAUGAAAUCGAACAAUAACUUGUGAGAUCUCACCACGAUCUUGACUAGUGAACGUCUAUAGGUCAUCCAAGAUGCCUCCAGUUAGUCGACUAGAUAUGUGGACCAAUAUGGCCGCUUCUUCGAGUGUGAACGUCGACUGUUUGAUGCCGAAUGGUGUGUUGAUCCCGAUUGAAGUGAGGAUUGAAGCAACUCUUACUGAGAUUAAAACCAAGUUAUGGCGAGAAUCUACCAGCUUUCCUCUUUCUAACYUGYUAAGAGACAUGGGUAGCUAUGUUUUUGUUUGUGUAAACUUGCAAGGUAAAGUGGAAGAACUGGUUGAUGAGAAUCGACAGCUUGUUGAUGCAAAACCAUUCAGACCCAUGUUGAAGCUGAUUGAGCGGAAAGGUGACAGAGAAGAAAAGCUAUUAACCUCAAAGAUUGGCGUUCUCAUAGGAAAAAACCUUGAAGAAUACAAACUAAUGCAGAAUGCAGAAAUUGAUGAGUUUAGGCGACGUUAUGGAGAAUUUGUAGAAGGUGUAGCUCAUAAGCGUAGACAGUUGGAAUGGGAAGAAAGAGCCAUGUACGCCUAUCCUCCACAAGUGGACUUGGGUGAAAGUGCUCCARAAUUUGUAGAGAGAAAUCUCAUGGAAAACCGUAGAUUCCUGGUAAACGUAGCCAUCAGAAACAACAGAGCAUCUAUGAAAGAUAUGCAUGCGUUUAACGUUUCUGCAGACACCUAUCCUCAGGAGCUACUCUUGCUUGUUUUGAGGAAGAGGGGAGCAAUCAUGGGAGGAGGGCAUCAUGAGACUGAUAACCUUAAUGAUUUUGUGCUGAAGGUUGUAGGAAGAGAAUGUUACCUCCUGGGAGACUAUGCUUUACUUCAAUACCAGUACAUAAGAGACUGCGUAGCAAGAUGUGAAAGACCAGCACUGUGUCUUGUAAACAGAGAUUCCUUAAAAGUGACAGAUAUAAGUGUAACAGGGAAAGAGUCUGUCGAUCCAAUAACCAGACCACCCCCACCCCUCCCUCCUCGUGAAGAAAGCCUAUCAUUAUGGAGUAUUAAUACAAACUUGAAAAUCAAAAUUGUGUCAGCCUUCAAUGUAAACACUGGAGAAUCUAUGAAAGUUACAGUUCGUGCAGGUAUAUACCAUGGCAACGAAGUCCUUUGUGGAAUCAACAGCACCAAGCCUUGUAAUGGUCCUUCUCCUGUUUGGAAUGAGUUCCUCAAUUUCGAUAUUCUUGUUUCUGAUAUACCAAGAAUGGCUCGACUCUGUCUAGUGUUAUAUGGUGUUUAUAAUACCAAAAAGCGAAGGAGAAGAGAGGAUUCCAUUGCUUUGGCCUGGGUUAACACAACCUUGUUUGACUUUCGUGGCCAACUUCGGCAAGGACCACUUACCCUUGUAACAUGGCCAGUAACUGAAACAAUAGCUGAGCAACUGAACCCUAUUGGUACAGUAGUGUCCAAUAUCAACACCAAUAUAUCACCUGCUCUCCUGAUUGAGUUUCAGCGCUAUGCGAAUACAGUAAUUUAUCCACCAUAUGAGAAGAUUGUUGAGUUGGCAGCAGAUCACACCCAAGGAGAUAUCUUUAAAUCAUUUUCUGAAAAUGAGUUGGAAAGGUUGCGGCAAAUUAUUGAUAGAGAGCCACUUGCUCCCAUCUUUGAGCAGGACAAGGAGUUUGUGUGGUUGCUAAGAAUUGAGUGCCGAGAGAACUAUCCACAUGCACUGGGGAAAUUACUGAGUUGCAUGAAGUGGAACUGCAAGGAAGAUGUAGCACAGAUGCAAGUUCUCCUUCAAAUCUGGAAACCUCUUGAUCCUGAGCAAGCUUUGGAGAUCCUAGAUUGUAAUUAUGCUGACCAGAAAGUCAGAGAAUUUGCUGUGAGAUGCCUUGAGAUUAUGAGUGAUGAUGAUCUUGGCCAGUAUUUGUUACAACUAGUUCAGGUUCUUAAAUUUGAGUCGUAUUUGGACUGUGACUUAGCAAUGUUUAUCCUCAAGCGAGCACUCAACAAUCAAGUAUUGGGUCACUCUCUAUUUUGGCUGUUAAGAGCCGAGAUGCACAAUCCUGAAGUGUCUGUAAGAUUUGGUUUGAUGCUGGAGGCAUAUCUGAGAGGAGCUCCUGAUCACAUAAAGAGCUUGCAAAAACAGAUCGGGGCGUUAAACAAGUUGAAGACCAUCUCCAGUUUGCUGUACAACAUAGACAGCACUAACAGCAAUAAAAAAGAGAAAGGUUUGCAAAUAAUGAGAGAAUGCCUGCUACAAAAGACUUACCAGGAAGCUCUUUCCAAGCUAACAUCUCCUCUUGAUCCAACCUACAAACUUAGAAGACUGAGGGUGGACAAGUGUAAGUUUAUGGAUUCCAAGAUGAAGCCGUUGUGGCUUGAUUUUGAAAACCAUGAUGAACUAGCAAACCCUGUGAAGAUAAUCUUCAAGAGUGGGGAUGAUCUGCGUCAAGACAUGUUGACCUUACAGCUGAUAAGGAUCAUGGAUCGAAUGUGGAAGCAAGAAGGACUAGAUCUAGACAUGAUUCCCUAUGGUUGUUUGUCCACCGGAUGUAACGUUGGUAUGAUCCAAGUAGUAGAAAACGCAGAAACUGUUGCCAAGAUUCAGACACGACAAGAAGGAGCAAUAUCUGGUGCUUUUACUAAAGGCUGCAUCCUGCAUUGGUUAAACAGUUGGCACCAGGGAAAAGACGAUUUGAAUGAAGCAAUACGUAGGUUCACGAUGUCAUGUGCUGGGUAUUGUGUAGCUACGUAUGUACUGGGAGUGGGUGACAGACACAGUGAUAACAUUAUGGUGUCCAAGACAGGACAGCUCUUCCACAUCGACUUCGGCCAUUUUCUUGGUAAUUUCAAGAGCAAAUUUGGUAUUCGUCGAGAGAGAGUUCCUUUCGUCUUGACGGAUCAUUUUGUCCACGUGAUAACUAAAGGAAGAACAGACCGCAAACCCGAGGACACUGAAGAAUUUCAAUAUUUCAGAGGAAUUUGUGAGCAAGCGUUCCUGAUUCUUCGUCGCAAGGGUUCACUGCUGAUCAACCUUUUUGUAAUGAUGUUAUCUGCUGGGAUACCCGAACUACGCACACCCAGUGACAUCGGUUACCUCAGAAAAACCUUGAACCUCGAGGUGUCUGAAGAUGAGGCAGUCAAGCAGUUUAAUAAGCGACUAAAAGAAGCUCUUGACAAUAGCUGGAAGACAAGUAUUAACUGGGCUGUACAUAAUAAGGUUAGGAAUAAGUAAAGCACAUGCGCAUGGGGAUUCCUCCGCUGAAACACUAUAUUGCCGUCCAGUAGGCUCAGCUGAGUAAUAAAAGUCUAGUAGGUUUUCAUGAAAAGAGGAAAAAAAGGUUUUGAAUGGGAGAGAGGAAAGGAAAUUGAAUAGGACAAAUUCAUUAGCAUCUAGUUUAAUUUACUUUUAAAGCCAUUGUCUUCUGAGAAUAGAAUGUAUAAAAAGGCAUGAAGAAGCGGCCAUGAUAGCGAUUUCCGACUGGAGUAAAAAAAAGCCAGUUGCAAAGCAAAUAAGUACUGUUGUUCACAGUUGCAAAUCAAAGAUGCGGAUUAAUUCUCCGUGUAUCAUCUAAAGAAUCAUGUAGAAAUAGGACAAUAUACACAAAUCUACUGCCUUCGGCAGCUCCGUUUAAAGAGAAGAAAUGUAAUAUUUUGUAAUGUAAUAUAUUUUAUAGUUAAAAUAAAUAAACGCUGUGAAUUACGA